UCUUUAUUAUUGCAAAGGUUAACAAUUUUUAAUGAAUUUAAGUCUUUGUGCCUUACUUGUUGACUGUCAUUACUCAAUGUUUCACUAACAUCCUGACCUUAAAAUCACUUACUUGGUUACAACACGUAACCUCCUCUCUAAAAAUACAAAGCAGCUCUCCAACAAAGGGAUUAGCAGAAUGUAGCAGAGCUUCAUUUUUAUACAUGCGGUUCUGGCAUGUUGUUGCCUGCAUUUGAAUGUGGAGACCUUUGUGAAAACAGGUUUAAGCUCAAAAUGAAAAAAAUGUGAGGUAUUGUAAAAGGGAUGCAGACUCACGGGUCAUAAGCUUCUCUUUCUCACUCUUUCUCUCUCUCUUCUCCACAUGAGGCUUCACAGAGGAUUAUGUUUGUGCAAUUGAAACUUGGCAAAUGACUUCCCUCCCUCACCCUCCAAAAAAACAAACAAACCCAAAAACAUUUCAGCAGUGCUGCCAAUCCGUCUUUAUGUCUGAGCAGCAACUGUUGUUAUAGUUUAAAUCUGACAUGAAGAACAAACAGAUGAACAGGACAGGGAACAUCCAGAGAAAGAAAGAGAAAUGCAGUUCAAAGAGUCAGAAUCAAACAACACCGAAAAACGGUAAGAAGGGAAAGGGCAAAAAGGCCAAGACGGGAAACUCGGACAGAAUGACGAAUAAGCAUUUGGGCAACCAGAAAAGUGCAGCAUUGCAGAUGGAAGAUCGAGUGGACGCAGAAUUACAAGGCAACACAAACCAACAAUGUGGCUGGUUUUCACGCAACCUGCUCCUUGCCCUCACCGUGCUAGGUGUUAUAGCGGGCACAGUGCUGGGCAUGAUGCUGCGUUAUAUUCCUGAUCUGGACGCAAACACUCUUAUGCUGGUUUCGUUUCCGGGAGACCUCCUAAUGAGAAUGCUGAAGAUGCUCAUCCUGCCUCUCAUCAUUUCCAGUCUCAUCACAGGCCUGGCCGGUCUGGAUGCUCGCUCCAGUGGAAGAAUGGGCUCCAGAGCAAUGGUGUACUACAUGUCCACCACAGUAAUCGCUGCUGUUCUAGGGGUCAUCCUGGUGCUUGGAAUACACCCUGGGAACCCAAAACUCAGGUCCAGUCAGUUCAGUUCCGCCCCCAAGAACCAAGAAGUCAGCAGUAUGGAUGCCUUUCUGGAUCUGAUCCGGAACCUUUUCCCUGAGAACCUGGUCCAGGCCUGUUUUCAGCAGGUUCAAACGGUGCUCAAAAAAGUAGCCGUCCCAGUCCAGAACCAAACUGAACCGAUCCUUGUCAACAGGAAAAAACUGGAAAUGAAGUGGGGAAUGAAUGUUUUAGGUUUGAUUGGGUUCUUCAUCACAUUUGGUAUCUACAUGGGGAAAAUGGGCGAGAGGGGGAAGCUCAUGAGUGAUUUCUUCAACAUCCUUAAUGAGAUCAUCAUGAAGAUGGUGUCCAUGAUCAUGUGGUACUCUCCAGUAGGCAUUGCCUCCCUCAUCUGUGGGAAAAUUGCUGCUAUCGGUGACCUGGAAGUGAUGGCGAGGCAGCUGGGCAUGUACAUGGUCACAGUCAUAGUCGGCCUCAUCAUUCACGGCGGCCUCAUCCUGCCAGUCAUAUUCUUCGCCGUGACUCGGAAAAACCCCUUCACGUUUUACUCUGGUAUCUUCCAGGCGUGGAUCACUGCUCUGGGAACGGCCAGCAGUGCUGGGACAUUGCCAGUGACUUUUCGGUGUCUGGAGGAGAAUCUAAAUAUUGACAAGCGUGUGACCCGCUUUGUGCUGCCCAUUGGAGCCACCAUAAACAUGGAUGGCACUGCACUCUAUGAGGCCGUAGCAGCCAUUUUCAUCGCCCAGAUGAAUGACAUUUCCCUCGAUGGAGGACAGAUUGUCACUGUUAGUAUGACAGCGACUUUAGCCAGUGUGGGAGCGGCCAGUAUUCCCAGUGCGGGUCUGGUCACCAUGUUGCUAAUCCUGACCGCUGUGGGCCUUCCAACCCAAGACAUUAGCCUGCUCGUCGCUGUCGACUGGAUUCUUGACAGAAUGCGUACCUCCAUUAACGUAGUGGGCGACUCUUUCGGGGCGGGCAUUGUGGACCACCUAUCACGGGCAGAGCUCGCCUUGAUCGACGGGGAGAUCCCUCUAUCAGACGCGGAGUUUGUCCCCCCUCCACCCCUCCUCACUGAAAUAGACCUCAUAGACCCUCUCAAACCACCCGAACUGCCCCCCCGCUCCCCGCGCCCCCCAAAGCUCAACCAUCACGCCCCGUCUCUGACCCCUUCACAGUCUCAGUCGUACUCUAUCCCGCACUCGCCCCGCUCCGUCCGCUCUCCAUCACCUCACUCCAUCCGCUCGCCCUCCCCUCGCUCCGUGUGCUCUCACUCCCCGAGGCCUUUCCGAACACAUUCCCCUCGCCUUUUACGCAGGACAGAGCCUGGAUACUGCGCCCUGCCCACUCAUGACAACCAGAUUACCACUCUUCCCAGAGGUUUCCGAGAGAGAGGCAGAGACCGGGAAAGAGACAGAGAAAGAGAGAGACUGCGCGAGCGGGAGCGGGAUAAAGGGAGCGAGACUGAGGAGGACGAGGAGAAGGGAAGAAUGAUGGAUGUGGCGAGUGACGGAGAAGAAAGCGACGACACGGCGUACGACAGGCGCCACAACAUCCCACUUUGUGACCUGCCCUGAAGGGAUCCACAGACAAAGCUGCAGCACAUUUCCACAAUACUUCUUCCGUAUCUCAGAACCCACCUUUCUGGGUGAACGCUGGCAUUUUUGUUGUUUUGGCAAAGACUUUGAGUACCUAGGUUCGUUGUGUGUUUGUUUUGCAUUGAGAAACGUGAUGUAAGUCAAUGGAGGGUUCACUGUGUUUCAGCUUUAUAGUCUAGCAACUGUUUGUAACUGUAAACCGGAUGAGUGGCUCCGCGCGUUUAUUGCACGUGCUCUGCCAAUCUUGACUUUAUUUAUUCGUUGACUUCCCUGUCAUAUAAUUUAUCUAGGCUACUGGGAUACUGGUUAUAAGAAUGGAUGUCACUGCACUGCUCUGUAAAUCCCAGACUUACUCAAUGGUUUAGGGAAAAGAUAGCCUUGACUCACUUGAGCUGCCUUAGUUUACUUUUAUAGACUAGAUGUCCUCUGUUCAGUUGCCAGUGCAACAUAAACAAAAUGACAACAGGCCGUUCAAAUGAGUCGAAGCAGUUGGUUCCUAUAAACAGUCCGAAGUUGUUCCAAAUCUCCCGUUUUAUGAUUUGUUGGGUUCUUCUUUUGACGGUGGCGAGGACGUCACAAGCAGCUCUGAGUAACAUGAUCCAUUUUCUCAACGUACCCCUCAUGUUCUUUUCCAUUUCCGUGUGUCUUUAAAAUGUGAAUCAUACACUGAAACAUCAUUUGCAUGUACAGAUUUACCAAUACACUGUUUAUAUUAGUGGGUGUGACUAUGACAUCAGGCUUACACACCUCAGCAUUACCAGAAGUGUAAAUGCAGUUACACAAAUCUGACAGCCAACUUUAUUGUUCUUGCACAAGUCGUCCACGGUCAUGCUGUAUGAACGCCAGUGCAGUUUUCACUCACAUCCAGUCCAUUAUAAAAAUAAAAUAAAUAAAAAAACACACAAAUUAGAUUUUUUUUUCUGUAGUUACUUUUCAUACUUAACAACACAUUGCCAAAUAAUUGCAAUAU